AUGAGGGUCUGUUGGAGGUGGAAAGACUCUACUUACAAAUACCGAGAGCAAAGCGCGGUGAGGAACGGCGCAUCAGCGUGGCGCGGUUCACGCGCUCCGAGGAACUUUUACUACAUCACCAUCCUGCGGGACCCCGUGUCCCGAUACCUGAGCGAAUGGAGACACGUCCAGAGAGGAGCCACGUGGAAGGCGUCCCUGCACGUAUGUGAUGGAAGAUCCCCGACGACCGAAGAGUUACCCAGUUGCUACACCGGGGACGACUGGUCUGGUUGUUCCCUGAAGGAAUUUAUGGAUUGCCUGUACAAUCUAGCCAACAAUCGGCAGGUCCGCAUGCUGUCUGACCUCAGCCUGGUUGGGUGUUACAACUUGUCCGUCAUGCCGGAGGAGCAGAGAAACAAGGUCCUGCUAGACAGUGCAAAAGAGAACCUGAAACGAAUGGCUUUCUUCGGCCUCACGGAGUUUCAGAGGAAGACUCAGUAUCUGUUUGAGAAAACUUUUAACAUGAAUUUCAUCUCGCCAUUCACACAGUACAAUAGCACAAGGGCCUCCAGCGUGGAGAUAGACGAGCAGACUCAGAAACGCAUCGAGGCCCUCAAUUUUUUAGACAUGGAGUUGUACGAUUAUGCAAAAGACCUUUUCUUGCAGCGGUAUCAGUACAUGAGACAGAAAGAGCACCAGGAAGCCAGGCGGAAGCGCCAGGAGCAACGCAAGAUCCUCAAGGCGAAGCAAGCGCACAACAAGGAACAGAGCGAUAAUACUUCCACUACUGAUUACAUAGGAAACGUAGAGCAUUGGCGGUAAUGGGGCCAAAACCUUUUUAGCAGACUAGGGGGAGACACCCCGCAGCAAUCCUAGGAGACAAAGUAGUCCAAACAAAUUAUGCUUCUUAACUAUUUGAAGCAAAAGAGGUUAAAAUGUUGCCUUUGCAGUUGCCUUUGCAUUCAAUGUUGUACUGUAUGUGGAAAACUUAAUCUUAAUGUGUCAUUCAAUUGUCCUUUUUAGGUUUGUCGGAUUAUUUAUGAAGUUCAAAAGCCAAGCAGGCUCGCCGGAAAUGGUUGCUUGGACGCUUAUACGGAAAACAAAAAACCCCCUUAAAUUAGUGACAACGGGAUGUUGGGAAAUGUGGAUGAUGCACUGUUCACGUCUGUCUUGGAAGCAAGCUGACUUCCUACUAUAAAGAGCAUUUAACGCAUACUUAAAAUAAACUAGAUGCGCCAAAUCUUCGCUCUUCUGGGUUUUGUUUUUGGUUCGGUUGGUUGGGGGGGUUUUGUUUGGUUCGGUUGGUUUUUACUUUCGUGUCUUUUCCAAGGCCGCCAACUGCUUUGUGAUUGAUACUUGCCAACGUACGAGCCGACGAAGGGGACAGUCAAGGUCUAGAAGCUAGUUUUGUGUAUCAUAUUGGCUUUUAAAAAAGAUAGAAGGAAUUUGUCUAGCUAUAUAAAUAUUUAACAUUUUAAACUUUUUCUACCUACUGCUGUUUAAGAGUUUUAAGCUUCGUUUAUCUCCUAUUUAAAAAGCCACACUUUUCUCGGUUGAAUGCCAGUUGCUAAAGACACUGUUUCCAGAUUUUUUCAGGGCAAUAUAAGUUAAAACAUUCUGGAAAAGUUCUGGCACAUGGUCACGGUCCACAAAGUCUUCUCCAAAUUGUGCUCCUAUUACGGUAUCCAGUUUUAACAAGCUUCCUUGCACAGUGAUUGGGGUGCGUAUUGCUGAAUUUACCAGCUCUAAGCGAUCGGGGACGGAAAGCUGAAAAUCUUUCAAAGAAAAUUAACUUAUGAAUGUUUGUACAGUAUCUCUAGGAAAAUACAUUUCCAAAACACUCUCAUCCCAGCACUGUUUUAAAAAAAUAACAGCAUUGAUUAUUAGCUGAUUGAUUGACGGCAGACUAGAUUUACAUUUGAACUAUGAUUUGCUUCUGGGAAAUCUUUACUGUGUAUUCUCAAAAUCUGGCUUUUUUCCUAAUGCUUUAGAGCCCUUUUUUAGUGCUGACAGAUUGUAGACAAUUAAAAAUGAUGGAGACAAAUAUAUCUAAUAUAGCCAUAGUUAUACAAUAGAAGAAGGUUGUACAGUAAAAUGGGAAGAAGGAGCUAACUCGAGGAAGGGAGUAUCAUUAUAGCUCGGGAUUUGGAGAGCAAAGUUAUCCUUGUGAUAGCACCCUGUCCUCUAGGCUCAUCAGGAGCAGGCUACAGGAUGGCAUUUGCUGGCUCUUAGCACUGAGAUUUUAUAUGGAAGCGGCAGGGAGAUGAUGUGAAGGGAGGAGAAGCAUAAAAGAAAUGCGAUUUGGAUGGAACAAGUCUCUCUAUGCAAAAAACACUGUAAAGCUUUGGGGAGAAGUUGGGUUUUUUGUUGCUGUCGCACACUCUGCCCUCAAGCAUGGCACGGAAAGGGCAGCUUGGGAUUUGCUCCGGGCUCUGUUUCGGGCAGGCUGGUCUCAGCUCGGCUCGUUCACUUGCAGGGAUUGGAAGCGGCUGAAAAACGGCAUCCCUUCACCCCGGUCAGUAGGACGCUUACAGCAUUCAUUUGCACUGUUUCCUUUUAUCUGUAGUGUUAAGUACACAAAUAGGGCAGGAGGCACAAAAUGAGAAGGGAGGUUUUAAAGCUCGCCUCCCUGGCCGCAGUUGCCCAAAGGUUGAGUUGCACCGGGCCCGGGGGGAUAUUGCCAGCUGGGAAAACGGUGGGGCGGGGAAUUGCAUUAGCAAGUGGGGGAAGACAGUAGUUUCAUGUACAGCAAUUUUUAUUUUUAAUUGAGAAGUCCCUUCCCCAAUAUGGUGUUUCGAUUGUAUUUUGGUUUUCAUGGGGGGAGUGGGGGGGGAAUGAUCCGCUCUUAAAACUACUAGGCAUUGCUGUAAACAGGACUUAACCCCGAUCCAUCCUGUUUCGGAGGAUGCAUUUUGUUUUUAUGCUGUGGUGUGCAUGGUUUACAGAGACUAGUUGCAUUUUCUUUGUGUAUACUGUUUAUUGUAUAUAGGGGAUGUAUGAAUAUAAAGAUACUGUUUUGUCAUAACCAUAUCAAUUCUACUGAUUUCCACUGUAGCCCGCUGUCUUAUUGUGUAGAUUUACAAACCGAUCCACUGACUUUGAUUGUGUAAUUUAACAAUAGAGCUGACCAAUAAAAUUUAAUU